AGCAGCAGCGAGUCAAAGGAAGAGUUGGUGCAGAAUAGGUCGAGGAAGAGGAAGGCCACUGCUAAUGCAGAGCCCUCCAAGAUGGGACAGAGAGUCUCUGAGCCAGAACAUGGCACCAACAGCUCAUUCAGCGACCUUCGCACAAGCAAAUAUGAAUUUGAAAGAAAGUACAAGCAGCUUGGCUUGAUUGGACGAGGGGGCUUCGGCUCUGUCUAUGCUGGCCUGCGCCUGGCAGAUUCUUUACCGGUGGCCAUCAAGUAUGCUAACAGUCGGAGAGUGCAAAGGGAAUUAAAAGCGGGCUGUGUCCCCCUGGAGGUGGUCCUCAUGCAGAGGUCUGGAGGUGGGCCAGAAUCAGUUGGGAAGUUUGCCGCCGUCACCCUUCUAGACUGGUACUGCGUGGAUCAAAAGCUGGUCCUUGUUAUGGAAAGACCACAGACCUCCUUGGAUCUUGCAGCGUACGUCCAUUUACGAGGAGGCCGUCUGCAGGAAGAUGAGGCCAGGGUUCUUAUGAACCAGUUGGUGGACGCCUCCAUGGAAAUGCACAGCAAAGGUACUCUUCCUUAUGCCCCCCCAGAGUGGUUCAGAUAUGAAAAAUACAAGCCUGUUCCCACAACAGUUUGGCAGUUGGGGGUAAUGCUUUACUGCAUGCUGCACAAGCUUUCCUUUGACACCAGGAGUUUCACACAUGGCUGCAUUAAAUUCAGCAGCGACCUCUCCCAAGCGUGCCUCGAGUUCCUCCAUCUGUGUUUGGAGGUGAAGUCUAGGAAACGUGCCACCCUGGAGCAGCUCCGUGCUCAUGCCUGGCUCAACUGAUUGAAUCCCGUCCCUCAGGGGUCCGCGUUGCUUUUGUUCUUGCUGGCCCCUGUCACUGCAUCCUCCGCCCUGUUGCAAAGACCUCUGUGAAGAACUCCGUCACACGCGCACGUCAGAUGAAACUGACAGACACAGCUGAAACAGAUUUGCAGCACGUCUGAGAUUUCACGUUUACAACUUAACCAGACAUUUGCAUGGAGGUCAUCUUCUUGGA